GAUGAAUGUCUGUCCAGUCCAUCUGUAUGUGGUCCAAAUGCCAACUGCACAAAUGUAAUGGGAAGUUACAAUUGCUCAUGUCUGGAUGGAUUCACUGCAGCAAACUCAAGUCUCACCAUCAGUAUCAAUAACAUAUGUAGAGAUGUGGAUGAAUGUGUUGAGAUAUCAGACGUCUGUGGUCCAAACUCAAUCUGCAACAACACCUUUGGGAGUCACAAUUGCUCGUGCAUGAGUGGAUAUAAUGUAACAGACUCAAACCUCCCUAUAAACAGAAGUAACCCCUGCAAAGAUAUUCAUGAAUGUCUUGACUCAGAAUCAGCGUGUGGGCCGAACUCUCACUGUUACAAUUACAACGGAAGCUUCUCAUGCGUUUGUUGGGAAGGAUAUAAUGUCACACAUUGGAAUCAAGCUAUCAGUAAAAACAACCCAUGCAAGGAUAUAGAUGAAUGUCUGUUCAGUCCAUCUGUAUGUGGUCCAAAUGCCAACUGCACAAAUGUAAUGGGAAGUUACAGUUGCUCAUGUCUGGAUGGAUUCACUGCAACAAACUCAAGUCUCACCAUCAGUAUCAAUAACACUUGUAGAGAUGUGGAUGAAUGUAUUGAGAUAUCAGACGUCUGUGGUCCAAACUCAAUCUGCAACAACACCUUUGGGAGUCACAAUUGCUCGUGCAUGAGUGGAUAUAAUGUAACAGACUCAAACCUCCCUAUAAACAGAAGUAACCCCUGCAAAGAUAUUCAUGAAUGUCUUGACUCAGAAUCAGCGUGUGGACCGAACUCUCACUGUUACAAUUACAACGGAAGCUUCUCAUGCGUUUGUUGGGAAGGAUAUAAUGUCACACAUUGGAAUCAAGCUAUCAAUAAAAACAACCCAUGCAAGGAUAUAGAUGAAUGUCUGUUCAGUCCAUCUGUAUGUGGUCCAGAUUCCAACUGCACAAAUGAAAUGGGAAGUUACAGUUGCUCAUGUCUGGAUGGAUUCACUGCAACAAACUCAAGUCUCCCCAUCAGCAUCAAUAACACAUGUAGAGCACAACCAACAACACCUACUAUCCUUUCAUCAACUACUACUACUACACCCACUACUACAACAACUUCUACAGCACCAACUACAAUAACAACUACAGCACCCACAACAACAACUGCAGCACCCACUACAACAACAACAAUUACAGCACCCACAACAACAACAACUACAGCAUCCACUACUACUACUACUACUACAACUACAGCAAAUUUGUUUACAAUUCAAAUGUCAAUGAAGAUAAAUGAAGAUUUUGAUAUCAGUCUCAACGAUUCCACUACUCCGAAGUACGAUGACUAUGCCAGAAAAAUUCAAUUAGCGAUUGAAGAAAAUUACAAAACUGUGCCUGCCUACAAAAAAGAUUCAGUAAGAGUCACUGGUUUCAGGCCUGGUAGCAUUAUAGCAGAUUAUCAAAUUAGUGCAACAACCAGCAGCCCCAACAGCCCUGAAUUUGCAGAUGCAAACAAAAAGGUCGCCAGCACUCUCAGAGAUGAAGGAUUCCCUGUAGAUUUAAAUGCUUUUGUCCAAAGUGAACAAAAGAAACUUUCCACUGCGGACAAAUGGUAUUUUUGGCAAAAUAUGACUCUGACAUGUAAACGCCCAGAUUCUGUUGUGGGUACAAUGAGAUGGACAGUGAAUGACCAACCUAUAUCAAUUAAUGAUAAAUACCAUAUCAUUAGUUCACCUGACAGUAGCACACUCAUUGUGAAAAAGAUCGAUGUGAACAACAGAGGUAGAUACGCAUGUGUCAUAGACAGGGACCUACCUUACAUUCAGUGGCAAGAUAUAGUUAUUGAACCACUUCCCAAUAUCAUAGUGGGUGAAGAUAAAAGAACAUUCCAGUGUACGGAAAAGACCGUGGAACUGACAUGUUGUGCAACAAAAUAUGAUAUUGAGUGGAUCCCGACUACUGCUGCUGAUCAAGUGACAUCUCCAGACAAUGGAUGCAUCACGCUAAAACAUAAAAUCGGGAGUGCAGAUUGUAGUAGUGAAUCUUUUACAUGCCAACUCAAGAUCUUGGCACUGCAAAACUUCUCUUAUGGCUGGAGCACAGUCACAAUUCAGAAAGAAAAGGAAGAAUUUCCCUGUAAAAAUACAACACUUGGAGAUGGAAAAGACCUUGCCAUUUUGACAGGAACCUGUGAAAAAGGCAAGGAAGGCACGAUAACUUAUCAAUGUAUAUCAAGUAAAUGGAGCGAAAUAAACAGGGACUGUAUACUUCAAGUUAUCAAAAACAUUGAAAAUAAAGUUGAGAACUUGGUUCCACAGGACAUACCACUAGUUGUGGCUGAGCUUAGUAUUGCUACAAAGAACAAUACAGAAGAGAUAACACAGUCUUCUGGGACUGUCCAAACCAUUGUUGAAAUACUUUUAAGAGUUUCUGUUGUCUCACAAAACAUUAUCAUCAAUCGGCCUGUGAUGGAGGAUUUCCUUAAAACAGUGGAUAUCCUCGUUUCAACAUCUGCCAAUAAUGCGUGGACAUAUUUGAACAAUGACAGCAGGACAGAUAACACCAGCACAGCACUUCUGAGCGCUAUUGAGAAAAUAAGUAGUCGUCUCACAGAUUCAAAUUUUAGGAUUAAUGAAACAUAUAUUGAGUUGAAUAGAACUGUAACAAACAGUACCUUUUAUAGUGGAAUAUCAAGCCUGCCAAACUCAACUACCGAGAUUCAGAUACCACAGAUUCCUGUAUCCACCCCUAUAACCAUCAUAGUCUUCACAAGUCUUGACAAUAUCCUACCUACUCGAGAUACUAGUAAUAACGGAAAUAGCAAAUCAGAUGUGCGCAUCAAUGGAGAUGUGGUUGUAGUAAAGGUUGACAACAAAACGAUUAACAACAUAUCUUUUGCUUUUGACAUUACAAAUCAGUCUUUGGGAAAUCCUCAGUGUGUCUUUUGGAACUUUACUCUUGACGCAUGGGAUUCCACUGGGUGUAAAGUAAAACCCUAUAUAAGUAAAGGGAACGAAACUGGCAAGAUUUCAUGUGAAUGCAGCCAUACAACCUCUUUUUCAAUCCUAAUGUCACCAUUUUCCAUUAAGCAUUUAGCCUUAGCCAUUAUAACUUACAUUGGUGUAUCUGUUUCGAUGGCCAGCUUGAUUUUGUGCCUCAUUAUUGAGAUUAUUGUGUGGAAUUCAAUGACAAGAAAUGACACAUCCUACAUGCGACAUGUCUCCAUAGUCAACAUUGCUGUGUCCCUGCUGAUCGCAAAUGUCUGUUUUAUCAUUGGAGCUGCAAUCGCAGAAAGUGAGCAGCCAACAUCAGUGGGUCGCUGCAGUCCAGUGGUUUUCUUCAUCCACUUUUUUUACCUGGCUCUUUUCUUCUGGAUGUUAAUGUCAGCACUGUUGCUCUUUUACCGUACAGUCAUGGUCUUGUCUCAGAUGUCAAGGGCCAAAAUGAUGGCCAUUGCCUUCAUAGUCGGUUAUGGUGCACCUUUGCUCAUAGCGGCCAUUACUGUUGCAUCAACAGCAGGACCUCAAAAUUAUAUUUCCAAAAGAAACGCAUGCUGGCUGAACUGGUAUGAGUCAAAGGCCCUGCUGGCAUUUGUGAUUCCAGCUCUCACUAUUGUAGCCAUAAACCUUGUGGUUUUGAUUGUGGUUCUAUACAAGAUGUUGAGGAGAGGAGUUGGUGCUGCAACUCAACCAGAUGAGAAACAUGCUCUGGUGGUCAUUGCCAGAUGUGUGGCCUUUUUGACUCCUAUUUUUGGUCUAACAUGGGGAUUUGGAAUUGGAACCAUGGUGUCACGUGACUUUGGCAUUCAUGUGGUGUUUGCACUCCUCAAUUCACUGCAGGGAUUCUUUAUUUUGGUGUUUGGAACGCUUUUAGACAGCAAGAUCCGUGAUGCUCUGGCAGGAAGACUGUCACUAAGGAACCUUACCAGCUCUAACCGUACCAGGAGUACUAGUGCAGGACCGUCAUCUUCAAGUGGACUGGGUUUAUUUCAAAGGAUACGGAGAAGAAAUAUGUACAACAUAUCUGAAGCCAGCGCUUUCUCAGCAGCUACAUCUUCACACAGCUCCAGCGGCUCAGAUACUUUUGGGAAUGCAUAAUCAGCUACUUCAUUAAACUAUAGUCUACUUUAUUAAAUGUUAAACAUCCUUCCAAACAAGUUUUCUACAUUGCUAGUAUAUGUAAACUGCACUAUCAGUUACUGAUUUCUGGGAAGAAGUGUUUCUAUGUUCUGAUUUAUUAAUAAAAAUGGCUUACAAUCUA